UGUGAGAGAGAGGGAGAGGAAGAGUGCUGUGCUCUUAGACAUUCCAUCAUCUACUCCCCUGCAGCAUCUCCUGCUCACACACACACACACACAUACACACCCCUCCUCCUGGAGAGAGAGCGAGCGGGAGAAAUAGAGAGAGGGAUAGAGAGAGAGGAAUAGAGAGAGAGAGAGAAAUCGAGCAACAUGCAAAGCAGCAAAUGACAAGAAGGCUGCUCAGGCACAGCAGUACUGCUCUUUUUCUUUAGGGGGGAGAAAGAGAGAGAUACAGAAAGGGAGAGAGAGAGAGGGAGACCACUGCACGCCUUUCCUCCUCCUUCUUCCCUCCUCCUCCGCUCUGUGUGUAUGUGUGUGUGAGAGUGUGUGUGUGUGCGUGCGUGAUUUGCUCUCGCUCGGAGGCUGGUUGGAGCAGCAGCAGCAGCGCUUCAGUGGAAGAAGGCUGACAUGCUCAACAAUAUAACCGACUGUGAGGGGGGCGAGGGGGGCACCAACAGCCAGGGAGAUGGAAACCCCAAAGAGAGCAGCCCCUUCAUCAACAGCAGCAGCAGCGACGUGGAGAAGAGCCAGCAGUAUGACGGGAAGAACAUGGCCCUGUUCGAGGAGGAGAUGGACACGAGCCCCAUGGUGUCAUCUCUGCUCAGCAGCCUGGCCAACUACUCCAACCUGACGCAGGGCAGCAAGGAACACGAAGAGGCCGAGAACAAUGAAGAAGCCCGUAAAAAAACAGUACAGGCUCCUCGUAUGGGCACCGUGAUGGGAGUGUACCUCCCGUGUCUGCAGAACAUCCUGGGUGUUAUUCUGUUUCUCAGGAUGACCUGGCUGGUGGGCGUCGGUGGGGUCUUGGGUACCUUCAUCAUCGUCUUCAUGUGCUGCUCAACAACUAUGCUGACUGCCAUUUCAAUGAGCGCCAUUGCAACGAAUGGAGUAGUGCCAGCUGGUGGAUCCUACUACAUGAUCUCUCGUUCGCUGGGGCCGGAGUUUGGUGGUGCAGUGGGAAUCUGUUUCUACCUAGGCACCACCUUCGCUGGAGCUAUGUACAUUCUGGGCUGCAUCGAGAUCCUACUGAUCUACAUAGUGCCACAGGCGGCUAUAUUUCAGAUCGAGGGUCUGGAAGGACCGGAGGCUGAAGCAGGAAUGCUGAAUAACAUGCGAGUGUACGGAACGAUAGUUCUCUCGUUCAUGGCUCUGGUCGUCUUCGUUGGCGUAAAGUACGUCAACAAGCUGGCCCUGGUCUUCCUGGCCUGUGUCAUUCUCUCCAUCCUGGCCGUGUACGCCGGGGUCAUCAAAACCGCCUUCGACCCUCCAGACUUUCCGAUCUGCAUGCUGGGAAAUCGAACUCUGUUGUCCAAAGGCCUCGAUAUCUGCGCCAAAACCAUCGAGCGGGGCAAUGCCACUGUCACCACUAAGCUCUGGAAGCUCUUCUGCGACUCAGAGUUCCUCAACGCCACCUGCGACGAGUACUUCACCAACAACAACCUCACCCAGGUCCAGGGCAUCCCUGGAGUGACCAGCGGCAUUCUGGCAGAGAAUCUCUUUGGCUUCUACAUGGAGAAGAAUGAUAUAUUGGAGAAGAGAGGAGUGCCAGCUGUGGCUGACCCUGAUGUUCCACCAACCAACAGUAACCGCUAUGUGCUGGCUGACAUCACCAGCUUCUUCACCCUGCUGGUGGGCAUCUACUUCCCUUCUGUCACAGGUAUCAUGGCUGGCUCAAACCGCUCUGGUGACCUGCAGGAUGCUCAGAAGUCCAUCCCCAUUGGCACCAUCCUGGCUAUCUCCACCACUUCCAUGAUAUAUAUGUCCUCUGUGAUUCUGUUUGGAGCCUGUGUGGAUGGAGUGGUCCUGAGAGACAAGUUUGGUGAAGGUGUGAACGGUAACCUGGUUAUCGGUACUUUAGCCUGGCCCUCACCCUGGGUCAUUGUGUUUGGGUCCUUCUUCUCCACCUGUGGGGCAGGGCUGCAGAGUUUAACAGGAGCUCCCCGACUCUUACAGGCCAUCGCUCGGGACGGGAUCAUCCCAUUCCUCCGGGUGUUUGGUCAUGGUAAGGCUAAUGGUGAGCCAACAUGGGCUCUGCUCCUGACAGCCAGUAUCUGUGAGAUUGGCAUCAUUAUCGCCUCUCUGGACGCUGUAGCACCCAUUCUCUCCAUGUUCUUCCUGAUGUGCUACAUGUUUGUGAAUCUGGCCUGUGCGCUUCAGACUCUCCUCAGGACUCCCAACUGGAGACCCCGCUUCAAAUUCUACCACUGGGCUCUGUCUUUCCUGGGUAUGAGCUUGUGUCUUUCCCUGAUGUUCAUCUGCUCCUGGUACUAUGCCAUCGUGGCCAUGGGCAUCGCCGGCUGCAUCUACAAAUAUAUCGAGUUCUGUGGGGCAGAGAAAGAGUGGGGUGAUGGGAUACGUGGGAUUUCUCUCAGCGCUGCUCGUUAUGCUCUGAUGAGGCUGGAGGAAGGACCCCCACAUACCAAGAACUGGAGGCCUCAGAUUAUGGUGCUGGUGGGUUUGGAUGCAGAGCAGAACGUAGAGCAGCCACGUUUGCUGUCACUGACCAAUCAGCUGAAGGCAGGCAAAGGCUUGACCAUUGUGGGCGCAUGUGUGGAGGGCACCUAUCUUAACAACCAUGCACAGGCACAAAAAGGAGAGCAGGCCCUGAGGAAGCUGAUGGAAACUGAGAAGGUGAAGGGUUUCAGUCAGGUGGUGAUCUCCUCUAGACUGCGGGAUGCCACGUCCCACCUGAUCCAGGCCGGGGGGCUCGGGGGCUUACGUCACAACACUGUGCUAGUAAGCUUCCCCAAAAAUUGGAAACAGGCCGAGGACAACCAGCGCCUGAGGAACUUCAUUGAGGUUGUAAGGGAGACCACCACAGCCAGCUUGGCACUGAUAGUGCCCAAGAACAUCUCUGCAUACCCCUCGAACGGCGAGCGCUUCACUGAGGGCCACAUCGACGUCUGGUGGAUUGUACAUGAUGGAGGCAUGCUCAUGCUCCUGCCCUUCCUCCUGCGACAGCACAAGGUGUGGAGGAAAUGUAAGAUGCGCAUCUUCACUGUGGCUCAGAUGGAUGACAACAGCAUUCAAAUGAAGAAGGACGUGAUGACCUUCCUCUACCACCUGCGCCUCGAUGCUGAGGUGGAGGUCGUGGAAAUGAACGACAGUGAUAUCACAGCCUACACCUAUGAGAAGACUCUGGUGAUGGAGCAGAGGUCUCAGAUCCUCAAAGAGAUGCACCUGACCAAAAACGAGCGGGAGAGAGAGAUUCAAAGCAUUACAGACGUGUCCCGUGGCUCCAUCCGCCGAAAGAACCCAUCUAACCUGCAUCCCCAGAAAAGCAUCACCGAGGAGCCAGCAGGGGGCAGCGUCGAGGAGAAAUCAGAGGAAGAGUCUUUCCGUCUCUCCCGUCCUCGACAGGUGCAGCUCAUCCAGGGUAAAAAUGCGACGCCAACUCCUACAAGCCCCACCUCCCCGGCUUCGCUUAGCGUGGGGGCCAUGACCCCUGGAGAGGAGAUGCAGAUGACCUGGAGUGAUGAAACAGAGAAGGGAAAUAAUCCAUCGGUGGUUCACCCGGAGACCGCCAGAGAUAUUUUCAAUAUGAAACCGGAAUGGGAAAACCUGAACCAGUCAAACGUCAGGCGCAUGCACCAUGCGCAGAAGCUCAAUGAAGUUAUUGUGAAAAAGUCACAAGAAGCGAAGCUGGUCCUGCUGAACAUGCCCGGACCUCCUAAAAACCGCACAGGAGAAGAGAACUACAUGGAGUUCCUCGAGGUGCUGACCGAGGGUCUCAAUCGGGUCCUCCUCGUGCGUGGUGGAGGACGUGAGGUUAUCACCAUCUACUCUUGAAGGGCCAAGCUUAGCAGCCAACGAAUCUUUCUUCUCUCAUCUCCCAUGUUCCCUAUUGCAUAGACUGAAUACCCGACCCCCCCACCCUGUGUCCCCAUAUCCCCAGACUCCACCAUGAGCAAUACAGCCCCAGCACAUAUCAGAUAUCUGACUUUGCACUACAUGAUCAAAGACCUCCUUAUUACACCAGCUUAAUAGUCGUUUGAACUUGACACCGCUCCUCCUUAGUGCUUAACCUUGAUUAGUCUUGUUUGUCUUCAUCUAGUUUAAAAAAAAAGCUUAAAGGCUAAAGAUAUACUUGCUGUUAACUAUGCGUAAACUAUGUGUAUGCAGGGUGGCUGUUUCGUGUAUCCUUGCAUGUGUUUGAUGUGUUGGUUGUGCGCGUCAUUAGAAAUGAACGCAACACGUAUGCGAGGUGCAACACAGACACAAAACUGAAGGGGGCAGUGCAGGCAUCAGAAGGGUGGAAAGUUUUUGUAGGCAGUUACCUGCAUGUGAAUGAGGUGGUAUUAUUGCUGUGGCAAGCUAGAGGAAGCUUCCAGUAUCAUAAAUAGCACAUAGUUCACAAUUAUAUGAACAAUUUUGUUUAGCCCAACAGCAAGUAUAUCUCUAGCCUUACUCUUUCAGCCAUGUUCACUGGGUUUUGAGCGCGCAAUUGGGUGGUUGGCUUGGUAGAUCUCUGCUACUACCCUCUGAGGACUGUAGCUAUUGUACUCCAAAGACAAACUCAAGCCCAACUGCUCCUGCAAUUCAGUUUUUGAGACGACCAAAUACUACGAUCUGGUACUGUACUGAAAGAUACCUGAAAUCUGUUUUUUAUAGCAAACACAAACAAACUAGUUCUGUGUACAGAGUUGAUUAAGUGACAAUGAAUCAAAAGGCAGGUGGUAAAAAGAUUUAAGCCAGGAAAACAAAGAAAAAAAAAAACGUCUUCCAGUGUUUUGAUGUGUUUUAAUGGUUUGAGAAGCAAAUACAAAAAUACAAAUCCCCAGGGUAUGUGUGAGAGUGCUGGAUGUAAAGUAACUACUCAGAGAUGCUUCUACAGUAGAACAAAACCCUGUACUGUGUCUGGACUGACUGUAUGUCCAUAUUCUCCCCCCGUAUCACCAACCAUUUGCAUGUUAUUGGUUUGUUAUUGUAGGUGUUAUGGUGUGAUAUGGUUUUGGUUUUUGAGGAUAAACGAAUGCCAGUGGUGGUGUGUGUUUGUGCGACUGUGCGGUCCUCUUGGAACCGACUGGCUGUUGUUUUGACUAUAUACUGAAGUUCCAAGUUCCAGGCUUCUUGGGAGCCGGUUCUGCAGGAGCUUUCCAAAACACAAUGGCAGCAGCACUUUUUAGUUUGUUUUGAUACAAAACAGUCUGGUUCAAAUCGAGACGGAUAUUGAAAUAGAUAAUAGUAUAAGAUACGCAUCAGCACACUGAGACAUGUACAUACUGUAGUAUAACUGUCAUAAAUAUUAUUAAUAUUACUGAGAAAGAAAUGUGCUACCAAGACCAUUGUACAAAAGAAAAUUAUACAUACAGCAUAAAAUCUUAUAUACAGCCGAAAGCGACCUAUAUAUAUAAAUAUAUUUAUAUAUAUAUGUAUCCUAAGAAUAUCAAGAUGUUUAUAUUUCAAAUGUUUAUCUACAGAACCACUAAUUUAACUAAUUUAAUCAUCAGCAUUUUUGAAUGACUAACAUGAUAUCAGCACCUCUUGCCAAAUACUGAAAUGUGAUUCGUGCCAUAUGGACAGAGGAUUAAAAAUAUAUAUAUAUAUAUAUAUAUAUAUAUUUAAAAAACGAUAGGACCUUUCUCUUUAAAUCUGUACUUCCUCUUUAAAUGUACACAGGUGAAAAGGAGACAGGGUCUAUGCAAAGCUAGAAUGAAACUGUACCAUGUGGGACAGCGCACAGAAAUGACAUUAUAUUUGAUUUAAGAAGUCAAAAUGCUGUAAAGAAGCUCUAAGAAAAAGUCACUUUUCAUUGUUAUUUUAAUGCACCACACAUGCGCUCACUGAACACGUUGUCGCUGUGUAAGAUGUACAGCAAUUUGUCGCACUUUUCUCUAUUCUUAUAAAGAUUACCUUGCAUUAUUGAAAGAUGCCACAUGUAUUCUUUUAAAAAUAAAGGUGCUGCAAAGGGGUUUUAAAAGCGCUGCCAUUGACAAGUUAUUUUUUUCUAUUUAAUUAUUUUAUGAAUAGUCCAGUCAGAAUUUUAGAACCACCUCCUUGUUUCUAUACUCUGUCUAUUUUAUCAACUUCACUGAUCAUAUAGGAGCACUGUGCAGUUCUACAAUUACAGGGCCACCACAGAGCAGCUAAUAUUUGGGUGGUGGGUAAUUCUUAGCACUUUAGUGACACUGACGUGGUGGUGGUGGUGUGUUAGUAGUGUGCGCACGGAAGAGCUGCUAGAGUUUUUAAACACUGUGUCCACAUACUCACCAUUACUCUAUUAGACAUUUCUACCUACCUACUGCACCUUGUAGACUUGAAGUGAGAGACAGAAGCUCUUUUUUGCGCACAUCUUGCGCACAUUUUGGUUGGUUUGUUGGUCAUUCUCUAGUCCUUCAUUAGUCGUCACAGGAUGCUGUGCACAGGAAGCUGCUGGAUGUAUAUUUAUUUCUGUAUGGUGAUAGAAACAAGGUGGAGGUCAUGCAAUCAGACUGGACUGUGCAAGUGUGAAGAACAUUUUAAAUGUUUAAAGAAAAAAAAAAUAGAUGUUAAUAGUUUAAUGUUCUUCACUCCUUCGCACCUUUGUUUUAAUAGAACCAAAAAUAGUUCUUUAGUGGCAUCACUAAAGGUCCCUUUGCAGCACUGUUAUUUUUAAAGCAUCAUCUGUUAUAAGAAACACAAACUGCUUAAAUACUGAAGAACAUUGAUAUAUGUUUACUUAUAGUAGAAGUAGAUUAAAAUAAAAAAUACGUACUCUUAUCCAAAAUAUAAUCUUAUUUUUUUGUAUGAUUACAACAAAGAAAAAUGUAUACUGAAUAGACUAGUGAAAAAAAAUCUAUAUAAAUAUAUUUGUUGUCUUGUGCAUAAUUGUGAGGGUGAAGGACAAACUAGCGCUAUGUUUUUGAUCGAAAUCCAAUUGCAUUGAGGAUGCUGCUAUUGUCAUUAAUGUGUAAAUAAAUAUAUCACAGUGGAAAAAAAAAUUAAAAGAUGAAUAAAUCAUUUAAACGGGCCGCCGGUGGACAGGAAGUGCACUAUACUGGUUGUGUUUCCCCAUAGGGUUUUUUAGGCACAUGCUCAGUCAAUAGAAUACUGGCUGGCCUCCAUUGACAGACAGUGUGAAGUAGUGCACGGCUAAGCUUAAGUUGUGUUGGUAAUCACUCAGUCGCAUGUUAUACACGGUUUUUGGCACAGCUUCCUGUGUCAAAGAGAAAUGUUUUUUUUUUUUUUUUUUUUUUUUUUUUGUGCAGAGCUAGAUACGUUUUCUAGAUACCUAGUUAGAGACCCCCAGAGCACACCGCAUCUAAUCCAAUCAUCUGAUCAUCAGAGAGAAGGCCUGAUUUACAGGCAGUUGAUAACGUGAUGAACUGACCUCAGGCAGACCUCAAGAGAUCUGCUGCGAGGAACCCACAAACCCCGCCCCCCCUUUCCCCCGCCACUUUCUUACUGUUUUGCUAAUCGCAUUAUAACAUUAACUACCAGCCAGUUUGUGGUGAAUGGAGUUUUAGCCGUGUUUUUUAACCAGUGUGUAUAGAAGAAAUACUAUCUUUCAUAAUAGUAGUUCGAGUUACAGUGAUAGGAGAAACUUGGAAACAUGCACCAUGUGAACCAUAUACAUUAUACUCCUCAUUUUUUGGUUGUUUUUAUUUAUUAUUAUUUUUUAUUUCAUUUGUUUUGCUUAUUUAUUCGCUUAUUUAUUAUUUUGUGAAUUGUUAGAUAUGUCAAAUAUGAGCAUGUUUUGGUACAUUUAGAGAUUUGUUACUUUACCUUUUUUUCUUAUUUGUUCAACUGAAAGUAGUUUUCCUUUAGUUGUUAUUUAAAAGGUCUAAUUUAUUAGAUAGUUAGUUACUACCUAAUUUAAAGAGCUAGCUUGAGGGUUGUUGACUAGGUGCAUAGCUGCCUACCAUAUACUGUAUCUGUCUUUUAUUGAGGGUUUUUUCCUUCAUAAGUCUUUAAUUUAUGUUGUACACAAAAUGUCACGUGGAAUAACAUGUCGUACUGUUUGCAUAAAUUGGAAUGAUACGCACUUUAUUAUGGAUAGAAAAAAAGUAUUGUCACUGAACUACAGCCCUAUUCAGAUGGGAUCAAAUUUAAAUUGGGUCCUGGGGUUAAGUGCUUCUUUUAUGGCAGCUGUUUGGUGAUCUGUGAUUUUAUUUAUGUUCAGGUCACCCAUGUCAGUGUUUUAUUCUCUCCUCCUCUAAGAAAAAAAUUCUAGCCCAAGUACCUACUGUUUUCCACUCAACUUACUAGUGGUGGUGUGAUCUUUUUAGUCUUGUCUGGACGUAUUUAUGUGAUUUUACGGGCAGAUUUGGAUGCUGUAUAUUGAAGGAAAAGGUUGUUCUUGGCUUUUUUGCUAUGCGUCAUUUUUAGUCAGAGCAAGCCUAUUCUAUAUCCUCUGGUUUAUAUCAUACGUUUUCUAAAUUGUGGAUAAGAAAACUUUUCUUAAACUAAGGAAUGCAUGAAAUAUUUGGCAAUUGAACAUAUUUGGCCAAAAGCAAGGAAAGCUGUCAAAUUUAAAAACAAAAAAGGCAUAAUUAAAAGAAAACCUGCGAAAAAUCUUAUUUGGUUUUCAGCUUUAACUUCUUGCCAGAUGUUUCAUUUUGUUCAGUUUCAGUUUUGUUCAUUUUAGUGCAUCCCUACCUGAAACUAAAAGUUUCAGAAAUUAAAACUAACUCAAAUAAGUUUGUCAAACUCUCUUAUCCUGUGUUCAUUUUAUUGGAUUUUAUUGUUCGGAUGUUUGGGUAUAUUCAAAGCUAUAUAAUCCCAAUGCCAAAAGAAUCCCAAAAGGGCUUAACCAAACCUUUCAGACAAGAGUUCCUGAAAGCCACUCUAUUCUGGUUAAGAUAUGGAAUGACUGAUAUCUCACACAGUGAUGCUAAGGGCUGUCCAAAAUCAUCUCACUGGGUUAGAGUGUAAAUGCUGUUGUAUGACUAGAACUGGACUCAACUAUCAGGGCUGGACAGAGAUCAAGACAUUUCACAUUUUUAUAUAAAAACGAUCUAUAUAGCAUAUGAAAGAUUCCCAUGAAACAUGCACAUCUUGAUUUAAGACUAGGCUCGGUCUACAUCCAUAAAGACGCAGCCUAACCCUAGCACAUUCAGCGAGAAGAGAGUUUUGCCUCUCUUGCCUGGACAGUGUAGACCAGAAGUUAGCACUGUGAGGUGACAGUCAAACACUAUUUAAACAUUAUUUAAAUAUUUAGAAUGUCACAGACAUUUAGUGUGUUUCACUCAUUUAUCGGUUUAUAUAACCUACAUAUUAUUUCUUCUCUCACUUUUCCUCGCCUCCUCGUUUCGAAUUGUUGUUUGCAUCAAGACUCAUGAAUCAUGCUUAUUAUGCAAUGCUGACUCACAGCCUUCCUGCAAAGAAAGCGUUUUCUACUGGUAGUCCAACAGGGUCACUUAAACGACCAGUUAAUUAGAUUUGUAUUAUAAUUCAUUGCAGGUCUUUCAGAAGGUGCUAAUGCUAACUUAUGCAUGACUGCUGCAGAAAUAUGCGAGCAAAUGUAAUUUAAGUGUGAUUUAAAAGUGAUGUGUUUUGUACAAGUAGGUCAGUCAGAGAGCGUCUUUUUCCAGACGCACUCGCAGAUAGUUGUGUCAGUCAUGGGGUCUGUAUCAUGCAUGAUGUGUGGAUCAGCAAAACGUACCGAUGCAAUAAUAAGCAGGUCUGUGGAUUCUUCAUACAUGAAGGGCUAUUCAGUCAGACUUCAUAGAGUACAAAUAAGUAAAAACACAUCAGGAAAUACAUUUGAAAUUACUGUAGCUCCAUUCCCUUGACCUAAUAGGUCACAGUUUACUAAAGGGCAGCAUUUGUUAGGCACACUUACACAGUACAUGAGCCUCUUAUUACAUCUGAUACAAACUUAUACUGCUUAUUCCAGCUGGCGUCAGUCACUGUAAGGGCUGCUUUUGUCAAUUCUGAUGCCCUUUUACUUCAGCUAGUGCUAUGUCAACUGAUAUGUUUUGGAAUAAACCUUUAUAAGUGUUUAUGUACCGGUAGUCUUAUCCUAAAAUGCUGUUGCUUCAUUAUUUUUGUGACAAAAGACUACGAACAUUUCUCCCAAAUUCCAAAUAAAAAUAUUGCCAUUUAAAGCAUUUAUUUGCACAAAAUGAGAAAUGGCUGAAAUAACAAAAAAGAUCUUUCAGACCUCAAAUAAUGCAAAGUAAACAAGUUCAUAUUGUAUACAUAUAAGUUUUAUGAGUUCAGAAAUCAAUAUUUGGUGGAAUAACCCUGGUUUUAAUAACCAUUUUCAUGCAUUUCAGCAUGUUCUCCUCCACCAAUCUUACGAACUGCUUUUGGAUAACUUUCGGCCACUCCUGGUGUAAAAAAUUAAGCAGUUCAGCUUGGUUUGAUGGCUUGUGGUCAUCUAUUCCUCUUGAUUACAUCCCAGAGGUUUUCAAUUUGGUAAAAUCAAAUCAUAAUUUUUAAGUGGUCUCUUAUUUUUUUCCAGAGCUGUAUGACUUGCCCAUGUUGUUCAGACCUACUCCUUGGGUUAGUUGAUUAAGUUACACUUAAUUGAGAUGCACGAUUUUGAAGGACCUAACAUAAACAUACAUAAACAUUAACAAAGGCUUAUAUCAGCUGUCCUAAAAGGCUAGUGUAGAUGUAGCUUAACAAAUGCUGCCUGUGUGUGAAGUGUUACCUAAUGUUAAUUACUUAAUACCAGUCUGGAAGACAAGGUGGACAAAAAUGGCUAAAACAAAUCAAUUUCUGUAAUACUGAAGACAUUAAUUAAAUUUUUUGUGUUUUAACAGCUAAGGCUCUAAACUGUCGCAGUUGAUCUUAUGCUCCAAUCCCCCUUAAUCCACCCUACUUAGUAACUUUAAGCAUGAUUUGUCAAACUUGCUGAUCCUCCGCAGUUAUUUCUAGAAGUAGCGCUUUGGACGCUGACCUGAGAUCUCUUUGUAUGACAUCACUUUAGGUAAAGAAUUUGCUAAGAGCUGAUUGUAGCUUCACAGGGUAGUUGUUAUUGUGUUCCUGCAGAUAUCUGUGUGGAACGGCAGACUAUGGAAUACUUGGUAAUACAUUUUUUUGUAGAGGAUGGAUGAGAUCUGUGAGUUCGUCAUUCAGCCCUUUUUCUUUUAAUCUCCUCUUUCCCGUGUCUGCAUGUAGCUGUAGGUCUGUGUUUUCACUGGAAUCUACCAGAACUUAGUAAAACCACAGCUUUGCAACGUUUUGUAAAGGCACGCGUGCGUCCUCGGAAACCUACGAAUUCAGAAAUCCCCACAAUGUGAGCACCCAGCAAAAAACUAGAGCAAAAGAAUUAGCGUUUCUACACCAAUGGCGUUUGUAUUCUGUCCUUAGAUAAAGAGUAGUGAUACAUUUUGUAUGGUAGUGUAACGUGGAUCCAGAGAUGCUGAUCUUGGGUAGUGACAUAGAUGUUUUAUGUUCUCUGUUAACGUUCUCUCUCCUUUCAGCAAGGACUCAUAUUUAUUUGUGUACCUGUGUGUGUGCAUGUGAGAAAGAGAGAGGUUCUAACAAAAGGCGAGAAUGUGUGAGAGAGAGAGAGAGAGUGAGAGAGAUGGUAUAUGAGUGUGCGUAUGUGUGACUGUGUGUUUGAGUUGUACUGCUGUUGGAAUAAGACAGGCUAGGCCUUGGUGGUUAAUUUUGUAAAUAUCAGAACUAUUAUAGAGUUAUAUAUCUUAGCGUAGCUGUUUAAUUUCCGUGUCCAUGCAAGUCUAAUAUUUUAAAGAGAUAGAAAUGUGUAUUCUCUAUUGUGUUAUACAAAAUAUAUUUAAAAGAAAGAUCUGAGAUUAUUGUUUUACCUUGUCAAAAUGCUUCUACAUUACAUGGCUAAUGGUUUCUCUGGACCAUUUUAUAGAGUUGUCUGCACUAAUGCAAUAAAUUGUCAUUUUAUUACA